AUGGCUCCUGUCGGAAUUGAACGAGAACUUGACAAGGUCAACGUAUUUUACCUUCAAAAAGAGGCAGAGCUCAAAAUACGCCUCAAGACCCUUCUCGAUAAGAAAAAGGUCAUCCAAUCCCGCCAAGGCAUUUCAAGACGUUCGUCCAGAUUCACAACCUUGGAAGAAGGCUUCCAGCAAUUCGCUACCGAUCUUAGCAAACUUCAACAAUUUGUCGAAAUCAACGGCACCGCCUUCUCUAAAAUUCUAAAAAAAUGGGACAAGACAUCAAAAUCAAAAACAAAGGAGCUGUAUUUGUCAAGAGCUGUCGAGGUUCAGCCCUUCUUCAACGCUACCGUAAUAAGCGAACUAUCGGAUCAGGCCACGACAAGUUUACAAGAACUUGGUGCCUGGUCAGAUGGCAUCCAAGUCAACUUUCAGGCGUCUGGCCAUGUCGUAACCAGCCAGCAUCUUAUGGGCACUGAAGAAGGCGACGCUGACACGCUACUCCUCGAAACUGUCAUUACUGGCAAUGUCGACACAUUGAAAGAGCUCCUAACCAAGAUGCAGUCGGCAUCCAGUACGGAGGGUGAUAACCUGUUGAUGGACCGCGUGACGCGCACGUUCCUUGCCGCUAUUCAUGAGGCACCUCGAGUUUCGCUCCAAAUACUGCUGGAUACUGGCGUCGUCGAUUUAAAUUCAUACGACGACAUCAACGAGCGCAACUGCCUCCACCAGGCCACCAUAUACGGCAAAGAAUACGUGCUUGAAUGGGGCUUGAAGGCGGGUGUACCUGUGGACCGGACCGAUGUAUAUGGCCGUGUUCCUGCCCACUAUGCUAGCUUGCAUGGGCGACUUCGCAUGUUGGAAGCUCUUCUUAAUGCAAACAUCAAUACGAUUGAUCUGAUUGACCACGACAACUUCACCCCUCUUAUCCAUUCCAUUAUUCACGGCCACCUUGAGUGCGUCAAGCUGUUGCUUGCCAAGUCUGCUCGCAUCGACCCUGUUUCCGACGCCGACCACGUUCCCUUGAACCUGGCCUGUGAGCAUGGCUCCGGCCCUGUUGUUGAGCUGCUUCUUCAACAUGGAGCGAAAAUCCUCCCGGAUGCGGAAGGGCUGUAUCCCCAGCAUCUGGUUGCCCGUUCUGGGCAGUCACCCGAUCUCUUGCUGCUGCUCAAGCAAUUUGGGGCAGACCUAGAUCAAAUCGACAAGCUCUAUGGAUGGACUCCUCUCGUACAUGCCGCCAGCGAAGGUAGCGUUGAGUGCCUACAGGCGCUUCUCAAAAUCGGUGCGGAUGCUAGCAUUGUGGACGAGAAAGAUCUCCCGGCCAUGUACUAUGCGGCUUGGGAGGGCCACCUGGCGUGGUCCAUGGGCAGCAGUAGUGCUCCCCAACCCAUGGCACUGGACCCGGAUGCUAUUCCUAUCCUGGAGUUGCCGCCCCCGAUAAUUCCGUUGCGACGAUACGGACACAACUUUCUUGACACAAAGAAUGUUGUUCAAAUCAGCUUUGAAGACGCCAGUGAACAGCCUCUUGUCUUCUUCCAAGAUGGGAAAUACCCCGCCGCUCGACUAACUAUUUCCUCCAAAAACUCCGAACUCAUCCCCAAGAACAUUAUCUUGCCUAUCCAGGAAGACACCCGUAUUGUUUCUUUCCAGGUUGACAACCUCGACACUUUCUCUCUUGACUUUGACGUCUUCCCUACAUAUGGAGCCAAAAUCAUUGCAAAGACAGUCGCGCUGCCCAGUACAUUCAAGAACCCACAAGGCAACACAGCCUGCUGCCUACCACUCUUUGACCCACGUCUUCGUGCGAUUGGCCAGAUAAGCUUCAACACGCAGGUCAUCAAGCCAUUCAAGGGACAGCCUUUGGAAAUUACUGAUUUCGAGACGUACUGGAAAGCCACCAGCCAGUUCAACCAACCGACUAACGCUGUUGUCACUGGCUCAAGCCUCUCUGGUGACUAUGUUCGGCUUUUUGUGCAGUACACGAGUGAUGGUAUCCCGGUGAUUUGGCCACAGUGGACUAUUGACUGUGGCUGCCUUGAUAUUCCCGUCUGCCGCUUGACGCUGGCGCAGUUCAAGACCAUUACAGCGCGAAGUGCUAGUCAUUCUGACUUGCUCUCCUUACCCGACAAGCAGAGUGAGAAUAUUGCCGAAAUUUACCACGUGCUGGCAACAGCUGGCGUCACGCUCAAGGAAGCGCUUGUCGUCCUGCCGCAGAGCGUCCACGCCAACCUCCAGAUUCUCUACCCGACAGCCGACGACGAAAAUGCCCUUGCAUUAGGUCCUGCCCUCGAGGUCAACGAAUACGUGGAUGCCAUCCUGACUGUCGUGUUUGAUCACGCACGAGCCCAGCGUGCACAGUCACACUCAUCGCAGGUUGUGCGCUCCAUUGUCUUCAGCAGUUACAAUGCUAGCCUUUGCACGACACUCAACUGGAAGCAGCCCAAUUUUCCCGUUUUCUUGUGCAAUGACCUUGGCCGAGAGGAGGUCGAGUCGCCAUCAACCGUGGCAAAUGUACAGGGAAGGCGCAGUACAUCGAUAAAGGAAGCGGUCCGAAUUGCCCAGAGUAACAACUUUAUGGGCCUCAUAUGCUACUCACGACUUUUGGACUCGGUCCCCGCCCUCGUGGAUGCCGUCAAGUCGCACGGUCUGGCGCUUGUCAUGGAUAAGUCUACCGACUCGCCCAACACGAGCCCGCUGACGGAUCCUUUCCCGCGACCACCCAAGGGCGUCGACGGUGUUUUGAAGAACCAUGGCAUAUUACGGUUUACGGAUUCGAUAGAUAUGUAA